UCCGUUCCAUGACGCCGAUACGCUGAACGAAAUUUGUGUGUGCGAUGUUGUGUUUAUAUUAAGUUGUUUAAAAUUUAUUGUUUUAAAUAAACAAUCUGUAUUAUAAUUUUCGGUAAUCGUUGUGUAACAAUUGAUAUGGCGCAAGCCGAGGAUACUGAACUCAGGGACUUAGUCAUAGAAGCUCUAGAAAAAAAUGGUUCUUUGGCAAAGAUUCGAGCUUUACUCCGCGCCAAUAUAUUUCUUGCCUUUGAAGAUGAAUGUGAAAAUAAGAAACAAAACGAGAGUUUAGACAAUAUUCUCAAUUUACCGGAAGGUGCAUUAUGUUGUUCCAUUGUUCAUGAAUUUUUGGAAUUUUGUAACCUCAAAAAUACGUUGUUUGUUUACAAAUCUGAGAGCAGACAAGGGAGAGCCUAUAAAUACGAAGGUCAGAAAACUUUGACAGAAAAAAUCAAUUUGGGCAAAGGUGAUUGUAACCAAGAGCCUGUUCUUGUGUCUUUAAUAAAGAUUGCUUUGCAAAUGGGUCAAUUGAAAUAUCAAAAUAACACCAUUAAAACCUCUGAAAAGAAAUAUGACAAUUCAUACAAAGAUGAACAAAACUGUACAUAUAUAGUACAUGAAGAUUCUUCUAGUGCAACAUGUAAUUCACAGUCUGACAACUCUUCAGAUGAAAAAAAUCAAUUGCAUUUGCGGUUACAAUUGGAUAAUUCUGAUACAGAUACAUCAAGUGACUCGGCCAGAGAUAAAACUACUUCCGAAUACAUACCUAGUCAGCAUGUUAUUGUGCCUGAAACUGUUAAAGAGAAUUCAGAAAAUACUAAAAAUAAUAUGCCACAGAAUACAUUUUUACUUGGUAAGCAACAUGCAAAUCUUUCAUCAUUUUAUAUAACUGAUUUAAAAUUUGGUAACAACAGUAGCAGUGAUUCAACAUCAUAUGUGGAGUUAAAACCAUUCACUCCCUUUGAUGAAAAACUAUUGAAUACUACAGGUGUACCAAUUGUAGAGAAUAUCGAACAUAAAUUUACACAUUCUUUGAAAGCUGUGCCAACUCCAAUGGAAAUAAUUAAAAAAUCAGAAGAUAACGUCACCCCUGACUCUAUGCCAUCCGGUACUAUGUCCUCUACAUCUUUAAAAAAUGAAAGUCCAAAGUCGUCAAAAUUGAAUGAAAACAAAUUAAUUGAAGAAUCUGUAAAAUCUGAUGCGGAAUACAGUUAUGAUUUCUCAUCAUCAACUACGCCUAAAAAGAAUGUUGAAGAGUUAUUAAAAUCGCCAGAGUCAGUACAAGGAGAGUUUUGCCAAAAUAGCAAUAAAAUUAAGAAUGAUAAACCAAUUAACUCUGGAAGCUCACAUAGUUCUGUUUCAAUAUCUGAUGUGACCGAUUUGUUAAGUGACAAAAGUUAUUCUCAUGGACAUGUAACAAAUGAUGCAGACACAUCACAUAAUAAGAAAUCUAAAAUUAAUAGUGAAAAGAAGUCUUCACGGACUGACGAUGAUUCUGGUGAUUUUUCAGAAUCACCAAUUCCAUCUCUUUCCAAUUUAAGCCUUGACAUUCAUAGUGAUUGAUGCAUAAGUACAUGUAUGCACUUUUUUAUCCCAUGUGGAUAGAGCCUAGUGAUGGGUAAAUUUGUAAUUUAUACAUGUUAUUGUAUAAGUUACUAUGUUCCUUGUAACAUUGCCAGAUAGUAAUUUAUUGACUUAGUUUGUAGUAUUGAUGAUAAUGUUAUUAUACUUACACACUUGAUGUUCGAUUUUUUUUUAAUGUUUGUGAGUUCCAUAGAAUAAUUACUAAGUUAUAUUUAAGUUUCCUGACAAGGAUACUUAAGUACAUUUAAUUUAUUUACCACUAAAUUGUCUAAACGGUUUUAUCAUAAUAUAUGGAAUAAAUUUUUGUUCAAAAGAUUCCCAUGAUAAUAAAUAAUUAGUAUAUAUUAAUUAUGCAUUCUGAUACUAUUGCUACAAUAUUCAUUUUAAAGUGUGUAUUAUUAUUAUUAUAACUCUUUAAUGUUACAAUUAAAUAUUUUAACGUUACGCUACAUACAAAAAAAAUGUCAACAAGUAACACAGGUUACCCUGGAACGGUCACGGAAACUGGCGGGCGGCAGCCGCAGGCCGGCGCACGCGAAGUCGGGGUGCGACAAGUACGAGGGGUACGCGAGGUGCACAGGGAUGUAUUGAUAUCCAGGGUCGGAGCCUGCACGCUAUAAUACUUUAAUAUUACCUCAAAUUUCAGUUGCAGUGUAAACUACCCAUUGUGGCCAUUUUCAAUUUCACGUUUUGAGUCAUUAAUUUUUUUAUGGUAUUAUCUUUCUUGACGAAAUUUAAAUUAUAGCAGUAUAGAACUUAGUUCUAAAAUGCCUCUUAUCUUUUUGAUUUACACCAAAAUAAGCUGUUUGAAAAAAUCAUGAUGAAAAAUAAGAUUUCCCAAAAAUACUCCGAAAGAUUGUAUUUAAUUAUGUUACAUGUAAACUUGGUAGGCCUCAAUGUCCCCAUUUAUUUUUAUUGUAAAUUAGACUGGUGUUCAUUUAUUGAACUAUGCUGUGGGAGCAGCUGAGGCUGAACUUUGAGUGUGCUUUUAAUUUUACUAAUAUCAUUACCUCAUGGCUAAUUAAACCCAGUAUUGGGUAUAUUUUUGGACAUAACAAAGUAAUAUGUCAUAUUAUGUAUGUAAUCAUGUCCUAUAACAUUACUGUCAGAAGAGUGGUAUAAGUAUUGUAACUUGUAAUAUAAAAGUAAUUUUUAUAUAUGUAACGCUGUUGUAAUAUGUGGAAAAUAAGUUUACUGAAACUUUUCUGUAAAUGGUUGUGCCUUAUUUAAUGGAAGUGCAAAAUUAAACAGUAACAAAAGGUUCCUUUUUAAACUUCAAUGAAUAUUGUAAUAGGUAAAUUAAUCUAGUCCUAAAUAGAUUUAUUGAUGGUUCCGUCCAAACUGCUCCAUUGCCCUAACUCUCACAUGAUGUCCCAUGUAAUUCAGUGACUAUGCCUCAAUAUUUUAUUAUUAUGUACUCAAUAAAUGAUAAUCUCAUGUGUUA